AUGCCAUCGCCUUCACAGUACAUCUUCGGCCUUCAAGCCGCCCCCUUGCUAGCCAGUGGCGUCUUCACUUUGAUAUGGCCGGCGACUGCAGCAAGUCUGCCAGAUUCAGCCUUGGCAGGUCUUAGCAAUGGCACAAUUCAGGCAAUCAGUAUGACAUCCGUAUCAUUGGGGACUUUCUACGCCAUCGCAGCUUAUCAAAACAACAUCCCUAUGAUGAUAGCUGCAGUUCCUGGACGCCUCAUGGCGACCUUUGUCUUCUAUAACAGUGGUGGUGGAUGGGCAAAGGUAGCGCCUUUUGAGGCUGUUAUGGGGCUUUUUACUGCUGUUGGGCUAUACUGGGAUUGGACUUUGAAACGCUCUAAGACUAAGAAAGAGUGA